AUGGGAAAGACUCCUCUGGUUGAUACGGUUUAUGACAACAAAAAAAAGCAGAAAGAGUUUAGCUUGGUGCAGGUGAAAGACACAUGGCGACGCAAAGUGGGGAAAAAAUUGAGCAAGACCACAAAGGGCUGUGUGUCUGCUGCCAAAAUCUAUGAGAGCAUCUCUGAGAAGGGCACUUCCUGGACAGUGGUCAGCCCCAUUGUCUUUACCUACAAGGUGAUAGAGACCGAAGGCCUGCUGGACCCAAGCAAUGACACGGUGCUGCUGGGCCACAUCAGGGACCCUCAGGAGCUGGAGAGCAUAAAAAACACCACCAAGCCCCUUAGGCGCUUUGUGGUUAUAGAUCAGGUAGUCUACAAACUGUAUGGCCCAAAGUUAACUGAGUACUUUGAGGUCCACAAUGUUGUGUACAAGAUCUUGCCUCUGCCCACAACAGAAGAGAAUAAGUCCAUGGAAAUGGCCAUGAAGAUCCUUGAGGAGGCCCAUAAGUUUUCCCUGGAUCGCCGCACAGAGCCCAUCAUCGCCAUAGGUGGAGGAGUGUGCCUGGACAUCGUUGGUCUGGCUGCCUCACUUUAUCGAAGACGCACCCCUUACAUUCGAAUCCCAACAACGCUUCUCUCCUACAUUGAUGCCAGUGUAGGGGCAAAGACUGGGGUCAAUUUUGCUAACUGUAAGAACAAGCUUGGUUCCUACAUUCCACCAGUAGCUACUUUCCUAGACCGCUCUUUCAUCCAAACUGUUCCCCGCCGACACAUCUCUAAUGGGAUGGCAGAGAUGUUAAAGAUGGCCUUGAUGAAACACAGAGGGCUCUUUGAGUUGCUUGAGAUGCAUGGUAAAUUCCUGCUGGAUAGCAGGUUCCAGUCUGACAGCAGGGGCUAUGAGUCGAACUGCUCAGAGGCUGCAUCACUAUCGACCCGUGUGGCAAUUGAGACCAUGCUCGAGGAGCUGGCCCCUAACCUUUGGGAGGAUGACUUAAACAGACUAGUGGAUUUUGGCCACCUUAUUAGUCCCAAACUGGAAAUGAAAGUUCUUCCGUCUCUGCUACAUGGGGAGGCAGUGAAUAUUGAUAUGUCAUACAUGGUGUAUGUAUCUCAGGAGAAGGGUCUCCUGACAGAGGAAGAGAAACAAAGGAUUGUGAGUUGCAUGGUGGGCCUGGAGCUGCCUGUCUGGCACUCAGAGUGCACCAUGGAUCUUGUGCUGCACUCUCUAUGUGAGAGGCUUAAGCACUCUGGUGGCCUUGUUAGGAUGCCCCUGCCUGUUGGCCUAGGGCAAGCAGGGAUUUUCAAUGACACGUCCGAUGAAAUCCUACAUGGAGCUUACAAGAAGUGGUGUGAUGAGCUGGGCACCUCUCCCAACAGCAGCAGUUAA